AAAAAAGAACACCCAUAGCCCAUAGAAUAAAGCUUUUCAUUUGCAUAAAAUUCACUUUUUUGCCCUAAUUACGGCGCAGAUUCGAAGAAUAUAAUAAUUUUGUGUAUUAACAUUAACAUUACACUAUUUUACGUAGCUCAUAUAUCUACCAAGCUUUUCCGUAAGUGAGUUGCCAUAUUUACUGGGCUGGUAAUAAGCAUCUUUGAAUCAGCUGAGUUUUGUUUUCCUUUACAGCAGUUUCGCAAAGGAAGCCCUGAAAAGCCUCAGCAGACGUCUUUAUUAUUGUUAGAGUUUAAAAACGAAAGUUAGAACAUGAUGAACGAAUUAAAAUCUUUGGAGCAUGCUACAUUAAAGGUGCCAUAUGAAGUGUUCAACAAGCGCUACCGCAAUGCCCAACGGGUGCUGGAUGUUGAAGCAAGACAGGUUGGUGCUGCAGCCGGGGAGCUGGAGACUGCUGCCAAAGCUCCGAGCACUGCUGGAGAGAUUGAUGUACUCCUAGGAGGCAUGGUGGAGAAACUCACAGCAAUGAAGCGUAAGGCAUCUGAAGCCAUCAGCGAGGAGUUGCAGGUGGCGCUGGUGUGCAAAAAGAGGCUGGAGCAUAUCAAGGAGCAGGCUGUCUCGCUCAACGAGCCCAGCACGCCCCAAGUGCGAACGACAGUGAACCAAUGGCGCCGCACCCGCUUGGAGCGCAUGCUGGUGGACUACUGCCUCCGCAGCGGCUACUACGGCGCCGCGGCCAAGCUGGCCGACGCGCGCGACCUGCGCGACCUCACCAACGUCGAUAUCUACUGUGCGGCGGCUGAAGUGGAGGCCGAGCUAAGGAACCGCCGUACCGCGCGAGUUCUGCAAUGGUGCGCUGACAACAAGUCUAAACUGCGCAAACUCGGCUCCACCAUCGAGUUCAAGAUACGACUGCAGGAAUUCAUAGAGCUCGUACGCGCCGACCGCCGCUUAGAAGCCGUGAAGUACGCCAAGAAACACCUCUCCCAAUACGAAGAGGGACAACUUCAGGACAUACAACAUUGUAUGGGCAUGCUGGCUUUCCCCAAGGACACAGAGGUGGAGCCGUACCGGUCGCUGCUGUGCUCGACGCGCUGGACGGCGCUGGAGCGGCAGUUCCGCGGCGAGCACGCGCGCCUGCUGCACCCCGCGCGUCUGCCCGCCCUGCCCGUCGCGCUGCAGCUCGGCCUGCACGCGCUCAACACGCCUCAGUGCUACAACGAGGCGACGCAGGUGGCGGCGUGCCCGGCGUGCGCGCCGCCGCUGAACGCGCUGGCGCGCCAGCUGCCGCACGCGCACGUGUCGCACUCGCGCCUGCUGUGCCGGCUCAGUCGCCAGCCGCUCAACGAGCACAACCAGCCCAUGGCGCUGCCCAACGGACAGGUCUACGGCGAGAGGGCUCUCCGCGAGAUGAUGGAUGAGCACGGCACCAUCGUGUGCCCGAAGACCAACGAGGUGUUCUGCAUGAAACGCGUCGAGAAAGUCUACGUCAUGUGAAUACUCCUUAAAGUCCUUACUUACUUAACGCUAAGGCUACUUGCAGGUUGCGCUUGCAAACUUAUUGAAAAUUACAGCAAUAUUAUGUCAAAUAUUCUGCACCCUCCUUUGACCACCGAUGACUGACGCGCUCGGCUACAGCCCAGUAUAAUGGCUCCUCUACACUAUCGGCGAUGAUAGACUAGACGAUGACUGGCGGGCACGAUAGUGUAGAGGGCAUACUCGGCAAUCCCCGCCAGUCAUCGUCUAAAGCUUGAACUCGCCAAAAUUUGGGCACAUAAAAUUACAAAUAAAUAGAAAACAAAGGUCUACUGGAGCGAAAUAUAUGUUGAAUAUCAUUCAAAAUAUUAUAUUUUAUCAUGAUAAUAUAUUAGAAUAUCAUUUCAACCUCAGGAUUUGACAAGUGGCACUUUGCACGACAUGAUUACCGUAUGUUAAGUCUAAGCCAGAGUUAUUUGCGUAUUAGUGGAUAAUAUAACUUUAACAGGUGUCUUUUUCAAAUGUUCCUUGAUAUGGACUCAGUCCAUUGCCAUCCGCCUGAAUUUAGAACCAUCCGCCAAAAGUACCCUUUUGGCGUUGUCAGCGUGUCUAUCGUGUUAAUACCCCUUCGCCACAGUUAUAGUGUAGUGACAACACGAUGAAUGCUACCAAAAUAGUAACUGUGAGCUGUGACUUCUUUAAAAUAGGUUUAAGUCAUUUUCACAAAUGUUUCUUGCAUAUAUUUCUAUGGUCAAUGUCCAUUAUGCGAAUCAAUAACGGCGACGCUGGAUACAAUCACAAGUAGCUUGCUGAAUCAAUAAAUAAUGGGGAUACUUAGCAUUACUUUUAUCUUGCAGUCUUCUGUAAUGUAUUAGCAACUCAUACAAGUCGAAGUUUUUAUUCUGUGUUAUUGUUUGAAGUUUGCAUUUCUAUAGAAUCCAUCGUCUAACACUUACGUUCAAAUACGUUAAAAAUUAUCAAACGUUUUUAUACCCUAUAUACAUUUUUCAUACAAAUUUCAUUUAGCACCACCAUUUUGGGAGCAGAUAAGGUCUUGCUAGCUCUUAAUCUAACUUGACUUCACUUUUUGUGCAUACAUUUGAGAUAAGUAUUUGUACCUUUUUUCAAACAUAAUAAAAAAUAGGUUUCGGUCUCUAUGUAAGAAUGCUGUAUGUUCCUAGUUUCAUUUUUUUUCUCACAUGAAUCUUGUGUUUUUCUGCUUUCUGGUUGUCUUUCCAUUCAUUAACGUCUCCGCAACAUUUAAAAAUACAAAAACUAAUCGAUUCUUGAUACGAGUAUAUUAAUAUUUUCACAAAUUUCUUUAGCUUAAUCGAAAUUUCAAAGGUUUGCACCUUCAGUGAUUUCGCUUCGUCAUUGGCUAAAGCUCGUUAUCAUAAAAUAGUACAUUUCGAUGCUAGUG